AUGGCUUCCAGGAUGCAAUUUUUCACCUUCCUCCUAUUGAUCCACUUGAUAUUUCUUGAGCAAUCCGGAGCUGUCAUCACUGGCCCUGAACAGAUACCAUCUUACAACAUCACAAGCAUCUUUUUCCGGGAGUUGGCGGCCCUGACGGCUCAAGAGUCCUUCUCGAAUUUUAGUUCAUUUGAGUCUGAGGAACAACUCAAAAUGUUGCACCGCGCGUUCAGCGAGAACAGCGUCAAUGCAUCCACGAACACGACGCACGAUCGCGAGGGCGACGUUCAACACCAGUACUGCAACACUUCCUCGUGGACGACGUUCCACGCACGCUACCACGCAGUGCACGGCUGGACGACACUCGUCAUCUGCCUCUUCGGGUCCGUCGCUAACGUCAUGAACAUCGUCGUCCUGACCAGGAGGACCAUGUUGUCCCCGACCAACAGCCUCCUCACGGGGCUCGCCGUCACCGACCUUCUGGUCAUGGUGGACUAUGUUCCAUUCUGCAUCCAUCAGUAUCUAUGGAAGGACCGCUCUAUGGAGGAACGCUACUCAUUCGGUUGGGCGGUGCUGGUCUUAUUCCACGCGCACUUCUCGCAAGUCUUUCACUUCACGUCAGUUCUGCUCACCGUCACGCUCGCCGUGUGGCGCUACUGCGCCGUGGCAUUCCCGAUCCGCAACGCCGAGUGGUGCACGAUGGCAAGAGCCAAGUGUGCCAUACUGGCCACGCUGCUGUGUUCGGUCGCCUGCAAUAUUCCGUGUUAUUUAAAUUAUUCCAUUCACGAGAAAAAUAUUCAAAAUCACACUUUGUACAUUGUUGGAUUUAGUGAUCUGGCUCUAAAUCACGGACUUAAAGACGUAAAUUUUUUUAUUUACUCCGUCGUUCUAAAGCUAUUACCGUGCCUGGCUCUUAGUAUUCUGUCUUUAGCUUUAAUGGACGAGCUAUUACUCGCCGGCCGGCGAAGAGCGGCCAUCAUGAGCCGAAACAAUGACAGCAGCCGUACGGUUGGGGCGGGACGGCAGGCUGAGCGAGUGAACAUAAUGUUGAUGUCCAUUUUGGUGCUCUUCCUGCUAUCAGAAGUUCCAUUAGCCACCCUGGGGCUUCUCUCGGUCAUACCAAACGCAGGCUUCUUCCAGUGCUAUAACCUACUAGGCGACAUCAUGGAGAUGCUAGUGCUCUUCAACAGCGCAGUUAACUUCAUCCUCUACUGCUCCAUGAGUCAGCAGUUCCGCACCACCUUCAAGAAAGUUUGUGCUGAAUGCGGGGGGCAAAGAUGUCGGCCUCGGCAAGAUAAUAACCAUAAUCCUUCGCGAAUGAUUGCUAAGUCCACAAACAUAUAAAACAAUUGCACAGUCCCCAAUUCUGCCGUGUAAAAUUAUGUGAACUGAUAUGGAUCUAACAUGUAUCACGAUUGCAUACUGUUGCAGUAAAAUGCACAACUUGUCAAACAAUUUCUCACUCUAACCGUAACAAUUUGGCAUGUUCAUCUUGUCUUUAAAAAAAAUGUUACAGAUUGCUACAUUGAUCAGUGUUAGGGAAAAUGAUCUUUGUAUGAAUUAACUGUAUGAAAAGUAGCGUUAUAUUUUUACAUUCCCAGCGUUAUAGCAUUACACCCUUAUUAUCGAUAUCCGUCAAAUAUCAUCGUAAGUUUAAGUCUGCGAGUUGUAGUUCCAUAACAAAUGUAUUGCGAAGAUAUUUUUUCUUUUAUUCUCUCUCUUCUUCACACCCUCUUUCAUCGGCAUCAAUGCAGACUAUCAUCUAAAGCGUUC